AUGAAAGUCUACCGCGACGGCGAAGGCGCCGGCCGCGACAGCUGGACGACAACGACCCACACCUCCUCCUCUUCCUCCCCCCCCUCCCCCGAUACCUCACCCUCCUCUUCCCCCCAUUCCUCUUCUCUCACCUCCACCUCCACCUCUUCCUCCGACCCAACCACCUCCACAACCGCCCUCGCCCCCACAGAAGAAUUCCCCUCCAUCGACGACGAGAUCCUCACCAAGAUGGAGCGCCGCCGCAAAGCCAUAAUCUGGUUCUCCGUCUCGGAGGCUCUGCGCGAGAAGUACCUGACGGACAUGGGCGGCCGGGACAAGACGAGCGAGGACGUGAUGCGGCGGCUCUUUGAGAACGUCGCGCCGCCCGGGACGAAGUACCAGGCGCUCGAGACGCUGAAGGUUGAGGAGCAUAUGAGGGAGAGUGUGAGGAGGGCGAGGGAGAGGUGUAGUAGGGUUGAGAGGGAGAAGGGGGAGGGGGAUGAGUGA